AUGACCUCGCAUACCGCCCCAAGCCCGUCCCCACCCGUGCCGGAGAGCAUCCUCGCACUCGACCACGAGAUCCGAACGCACUGGCCGCGAAUCCAGCACCUCCUCACCGAGCUGCUGGACAUCACGCCGCCGCGCCACGACGCACCCAUCACCCAACACACCAGCGCACAAGACCUCACGCAGAUCCGCGGAUGGGCGCGGCCGGGCCCUCCACAGCCGCUGGAGGCGGUCAUCGCGCAGGCGCAGACCAUCUUCGACCACCGACUGCGCGUCAACCACCCGCUGUUCUUCGGGUUCAUCCCGUCCGGCACGAUCCAGCUGAGCUGGGUGGGCGACGUGCUGGUGGCGGCGUUCAACGCGCACGGCGGCGGCCGGAAGGUCGGGCGGGGCCCGUGCGUGGUCGAGGAGGAGCUGCUGCGGUGGCUGGCGGCGCGGCUGGGCCUGCCGGCCCGCACGGCGGGCGGGGUGUUCGUGUCCGGCGGGUCGGUCGCGAACCUGAUGAGCAUUGCCGUGGCGCGCGAUUAG